AUGGACUCAGACAACACGGACGAUGGAAAUCAUCAAAAAGUCGUGCCAAUGUGGGUUUCCAGUUCCAACUUUGACCAAGCCGUCGUCGCCUUGAAGCCAGGGGAAGUGGAAUUACACACGGAAGCAUGGAUGAUGCGAGACCUCACUAACAGGGGCUUUUAUGUUGGCAAUUCCUCGACAUCCUCCUCCCUGGUCGUUAUCAGCACUGUCGUAGGGUUCAUAUCGGGGGACUCUUCUUUUACCGACGACCCAGACCGCUUCAAGAUGCCAGAAGCUCCCUUUAUAGCCCCCUCCUCGCCCCAGACCAAAUCAUUGCUGCCUGAGAUAAAGCAUGCUAAAAUAUUGACAAGGUCGUUCUUUGAGAACACGCAAGGCCUGUUUUGGGUGUUGGACCCGAACUGGACAGACAUGGCCUUGGACCGUGUCUACGCCGCGCCAGACUCUGCUGCCGCUUCAGACCGUUGUCUCAUAUAUCUCGUUCUGGCCAUUGGGUUUACCAUGGGCACAGUUUCCCUCUCGCCAGGCCACAACGCUGUCAUUCAUGAGAUGCGUAUGCUUGAUGACCAAUGGGGAGAAAGGUUGUUUACCGCCGCAAAAUCGAUAGGCGACCCGAUGACAGCUUUUGAGGAUGAGGGUUGGUCCGAAGAUGGCGGGCUGUGGUCUGUCCAGGCUCUUGCGCUGAUGUCGUAUUUCACGCUGCUGGUAUCACGACGGAAUGCCGCCUACGCGUACUGUGGCGAGUACUAUGCUAUUUCUUGUUCCUCAAGCGAAGCUAACCUAAUUGUAGGCAUGGCUGUUCGAUCUGCUUAUGCCCUCGGAAUACACAUGGCCCCUCGAACAGAUGUCUUGUUCACUGACCAGCAUGUAAAGCUGCUGAGACGAAACAUUUGGAGAAGCCUGUUUAUCCUUGAUAGAUUUCUCGCAGCAUCUCUGGGACGGCCGUUGGCAAUGUCAGAGCAAGACUGUUCUCAUAAUUCGCUCCAAGUACCAGCAGCAUCAUCCAACCAUGGAAGAUCGCGGUCCGUGCUUGAUGCGUCCGUCGAGGUGUGCGAAAUUAUCGGCCAAGUCUUGAAUAAGAUCUACUCAAGUAGUAGGAUCUGUUCUGAGGCAGCACACGGAAUGAUGAAGGAUCUUGAGGCUUGGUCCAGGCGGAAUCCGUCGUUGACAAAGAUGUCUUUCCCAACGGUGAUGGACGCCAGCGCUUUCGCUAGGGCCUGGCCCAAAGCUCACAUUCUAGGCCAUUACGCCAACAUUCUUCUCUGUAGACCGUUUUUUCUGGACCUUUUCAUGAAAACAACAGUAAACGAAGAUGGACUGAUACGGACAUGCAUGGCAAGGCCAUCGCGAAUCACCUGCGAGCUGAGCGAAAGAUGUGUAUACCAAUCGCUUCAGAUGAUCAAGCUCGUCAGGUGGGCCAUUGAUUCGCACGAGAUGCGUGUUUUUGACUCUUCGACUCUGCACAUAUUAUUUGACGCGGCUCUCAUUGUGCUCAGCAACGAUUAUGCCGGCAUACAUAAUGUUCCCCAUGCCGAAUUCUGGAUAACUCAGGCCAUGGACGCUCUGAAGAUGUCAGCAGGUCCACGCCGUCAUGCUGACAAGUUUGUCGGUAUCUUGGAGUCAUUUCAACAGGCGAGAAAGGGGGAGAGAUCAGGGGAAUACUGGAAAAAAGAUGUUGGAUUGGCAGGCUAUGGUGAGCUAUACCAGCUGUCGACAGGGAACUUUGUUCAGGGUCGGCCUCCUUCUUGCUCACCAGUCAACGAUGCUUGGAUUUCGCCAUGCGAGAGCCGUCGUGGGUCGCUGGCAACCAUGUAUCCCUGGGGAACGCAAAACAAGGAUGGCAGUCCUUUAGGGGCCUGGCCCACGGUCUCAUUGACAGACAACAACACGCCUCAAUCUCAGGGUCUGACUGAUGGUGCAGGGAGCUCGCAUGGCGAGGAGGGCGAGGUUGGUUUCGAUUGGCGGUUGUCAAAGCAAUGA